AUGUUUAGGGUUAUCUAAAGCUAUAGUACAUUUAAAUAUAAUAGGAUUACUGAUUUAAGCUCAAGUUGUAAGUUGUGGCAACUUACAAAAAACAAUAUGACUGUUGAGCUGACUUUGAAAGUUGCUAUUGGGAUAGUUAAACCAAAAAAUGCCAAAUUAAUUUACAUUAAUUUAACAGACAAAGUGCGCCAAUUUAGGAUGAAACCAAUUUGUGUGAAAUCAAAGCCUAGAAUCAAAUUUAAAAUCUUACUAACUGUUCUAUUUUAAGUAGAAAGGCUUGCCUAAUUCCUUCUCAAUCAUGUUAGAUUAAGUCAACUACUUUGUGAUGGGAAGAUGUAGGCUCAAUUAUGGUUACUUGUUCGUAAAUCAAUGAAUCAAUGA